AUGCAUCUUGAAUCAACACUUGAUUAUAUUAGGCGUCAUGGUCAACUUAUUGGACAAUUAAUUAUUCAACGUAUUCAUUUGUUUUCACAAUCAAAUCAACUUCAAUUUGAUACAUAUGAUAAAAAUCAUUCAGAAGUACAAAUGUUAACAAAAUUAGCGAAAAUAAGUAAAACAUUAAAUGAUAGACAUUGGUCUGAUGAUGAAAAUGAAGAAAUUACCUUGAAAAAAGGACAGUUCAAAUUUCUGUCUGAUGAACGAUUCUUCAGAACUCAUUAA